UAUAUAUCCAUCGAGCUAUUUUAGAGGAGCUUUAAAAUAAUCAAAAUUUUAUAUGACUGAAGAAAGUGCUGAUUCAACUAAUAAUGCAUUAGCUGUUGAUAUAUCUGAUGCCUUAAGUGAAAAAGACAAAGUCAAAUUUACUAUUCAUACAAAAACAACUCUUCCCCUCUUUCGAGAACCGGAAUUCUCAGUGGUGAGAGAACAUGAAGAAUUUGUAUGGUUACACGAUUGUUAUGAAGACAAUGAAGAAUUUGCUGGUCAUAUAAUUCCUGCCGCCCCACCUAAACCAAAUUUUGAAACAUCUAGAGAUAAAUUGCAAAAAUUAGGUGAAGGAGAAAACAGCAUGACUAAAGAAGAAUUUGCUCAAAUGAAACAAGAAUUAGAAGCGGAAUAUUUAGCCACAUUCAAAAAAACUGUUGCUCUCCAUGAAUUGUUCUUAUGUAGAUUAGCUUCUCAUCCUAUACUUUGCAAUUUUCAUAACUUUAGAGUAUUUUUAGAAUAUGAUCAAGAUUUAAAUGUUAGAGGGAAAAACAAAAAAGAGAAAUUGGAUCAACUCAUUAGAAAUGUCUCUAUGACUAUGGAUGAAACAAUGUUAGCUAAUUAUAAAGAGGUUGAUGAUUAUUUUGAACAACAAAAGUCAUUUUUUGUAGAAUACACUCAAAAAAUCAAAGAUGCUACUUUUAAAGGAGAUAAAGUUGUCAAAUCAAAUAAAAAUGUCUCUGAAGAUUAUUCCAAAAUUGGUCAAGCAUUUAUUGCCUUGGCAGCAGUUGAAACCUCACAACUAGAAACAUUUUUGCAAAAAUUUGCUCAAGGGUUUUUGGGAUUAAAGAAACUAGAGAAUAGAAUAACGGCCGACGCUGAUUUAAAAUUGUGUGAUGUAUUGCAUUAUUUUUAUCGUGAUUCAACUGAAGCUAAGAAUCUGUUAUUUCGAAGACUCAGAAGUUUAUCCGAUUUUGAAUCAUCUAACAGGGCCUUAGAAAAAUCUAGGAUAAAAGGCAAAGAUGUAGUUCAAGCCGAAAAUGACCAAAUCUCAGCUAAGGAAAAAUUCCAAAAACUGUCCGAAUUAGCUAAAAUUGAAUUAAAAGAUUUUAAAGAAAGACGCAUCACAGGAUUUCGUAAAAAUUUGAUCGAAUUAGCCGAAUUACAAAUCAAACAUUCAAAAUCGUUAGUCCAACAUAUCGAAAACACUUUGGACUCACUAGUUGAACCUCAGCCCUGAAGCAAUACAUUUAUUAGCCAAUCUAAAUUAUAUAUAUCAUUCCCAUCGUGCCGUAUUCACAUUAAUUUUAUGCAAGAACCGAUAAAAUAUAUAUAUUUCUAUAAGCACGAUUACACACUUAAAAAAUAUAUAUUUGAUUUAAAUAUGUAUUUCAUAAUUAUGUGAUGAAAAAAAUUACACUUAAUAUAUUAGAAACACGGACAUUAUAUUUAUUAUCAAAAAAAUUGUAUGU